AUGCUCGAACGUGCUGCCGGCUGCUUUGAGACCGCCGGUCGGCGUUUCUUUCGAGAUCCCAAAGGUGCGAUACGAACCAGAAGGUCUUUGUGUCAUCACUUUUGGAAACAUAAUCUCUCUGGUGGAGAUGCCGGCCACUGGUUUCUAGCCCUUACUCAGCCACUGAGUCAACAUUCGACCGUCUCAACUUUUCCCCAUCGAAGUCGAAGCGCACACGAUGCCAAUUCCCCAUUCCUCGACUUCUUAUAUCCCCAAAAGACACAAGAAUUUGUCGCUCUUAGGGUUUCUCGUCUACCCAGAAGGCCUGGAUUGCGUCGGAGGAAACGUACACUCGCCAACCUCCGAAGGACUUAUGUUUCAGAAGCCACAAGUCUCGAGCGGAUCACCCAUGUUGACCUCAAGGCCCAUGAUCUAUCUCUACAGCAAGAUGUGACGGAUGAGGCCAUUGAACCUACAACGGCCGCAGAAGUGGAUUCCGCUAAUUCGAAUCCUCAGCAACCCCUUCAAGAUAAACAGUCUUUACAUAAACUUCGGGAAGUUUUGAGAUCAGGUGGGAAAAAUCAUUCAACCGACGAAGCCUGGGUACUCUACCUCGCAGCUGGGCGUCCUAGGUUUGCUCGGCAUGCGCUUUGCCAUUUUUUAAGUCGGUCACGGGAACCUGGAGAUGCCGAGAGGGCAUGGGAACUUUUCCAAUCGAUUCCGCGGAAACAACGUACUCGUUCCCAUUUUUGCCAGAUCACCCUUUCUCAGCUUCAUUUUGCGAAGACUGAAAAUCUGGUUCAAAUCUGUGAAUGGGCUGCAGGAAGCAGAAAUUUCGAUUCAUGCUUUGCGUUCGUAUUUUAUCACUUCGUGGAGUGUCACGACUGGGUUAGGGCAGAGAAGAUAUGGGGCCUUCAAUCAAAGUCAAUGUCCUCUACCAAGCAGGGAGAACAAAAAGCGGAGAUUCUCUCACCCAUCUAUCCUAUCUCGAAACUCCCCGAAGACGCACUGGCAUUGGCAGCCUAUCUUGAACAUGGGGCGAUCGAGCUCAGUGCUGGAGGAUCCUUCCGACAGAUUGCACAGUUACUAUUAAAGCGCAUCUCCACAUCCUCGGAGCUGCUCACGGGUACCUCGAUGGAUAUCCUGGUUCCUCUCAUGCAGAAGUAUAUUAAUUUGGAAAUGAUGACUUUGCAACAUUGCAUCGACAUCAUUGAAUCCGUUCAGUCAACAACAAAGCGGCUGGAUUUUACCCGCUCGAUUAUCUUUUACCAGACAUUGCGGGUCAUUCUUGAUCGUCAAUCAAAAAGUCGUUUGCCAAAAAGGCUUUGGGAACGUCAGUUGGAACUUCUUGUCAAAUUCGAGAUGACCAACUAUAUCCGGUAUUUUCUUGAUGAACUCGCUCAUUUCCAUGACAAACCAUCAGUACGGACCUAUAAUGAUGUUUUGAAUUACUUUGCCUAUGCCGGGAAUGUGUCGGAGGUCAACAUUUUGUUCGACAAGCUUGUGGCGGACCAUGGCAAGCCGAAGAGCCGCAGACUGGUCACCCCACUCAUGCAUGUCCAUGCAGCUUUUGGUAAUGUCUCGCAGACUCUUGAGAACUUUCGAAGGCUAUCAGAGGAAUUUCAUCUCGAGCCAAACACAGUUUGUUGGAACAUCGUUCUCACAGCAUUCGCAAACAAGGGUGACGCGGAAGGCACUUUCUCUCAUUUCUCCCAGAUGAUUGAAGCGAAAAUACCACCUGAUUCCCACACAUACGGCAUUUUGAUGGGAAUAUGUGCAAGGAAAGGAGAUGUUGACGGUGUUCGCGCGCUACUCCGAGAAGCUGAAAAUCAGUCGGUCACUAUCACAAUGGCAAUGCUAGGUACAGUUGCUCAUGCAUACCUCAGCAACGGGCGAUUUGAUUUGGCUGAACAACUUGCUAUAAAAUGUUUGGACGUCAAGCUCGAAGGUUCUCCAAUGCGAUUAUGGAACAUGCUCUUGAUGCACUAUGCGUACAGGAUUGACCACAAAUCUUUCUACCGCGUGUGCCGUCUGAUGGCGAAGGCUAAACUCCAGCCGGACGGGACCACGUAUGCGGCUGACCUACUCCGCCUGGCUUUGGUAGGCAAAACCGACCAAGCGCGUGCCACCCUCAGGCGUCACCAUAUGCGAGGAAUUUAUCGUGCAACAGAACUUCACUACGCCAUUCUGAUCCUUGGGUAUAUCAAAAUGCGACACUUUACCAUGGUGAAGAUCAUAUUUCGUGAAAUGAUUGAGCGAUUUCCUAAUUCCGGGCUAGAGGCCAGUCUUUCGAACCUGGAGGCAGGAAUGCCUUCUGACUACUGGAAGACAGCGUUGAACGAAAAAGAGGUCCCGGCUGCCAAAGCUGAUAUGCGCAUGAAGACUCUAGAGGCGAUGCUUAUGGACUCACUACACCGGUAUAGUAUCUAUUUGCUGUCAAGGUCAAGAAUGUUUCAAUCAUCGGAAGGUCGCAGUGAAUAUCUGACGAAGGCUUUCGAUUCCUGGCAUGAUGGAUACCUCAUAAAAAAAUACGGUGCAAGGGGUGCCAUGCCUAUGGCCCGUGAACUGUUUCAGCGACAACUGUCUAAAGCUUCCUCAACCCAACAACAUCCGGGUUCUUCUUCUGCCCCACUCCGUCUUGUCAAUGCUAUGAUGGCUGCACAUCUAAAAGCCGGUCAACACGAAGAAGUGGAUGAAUGUUGGCAACUUGCUCUUUCAAGUGCCAUCAAGAUGGCCAGCCGAGUGAAAGUUGAAACUAUCUUAAAACCUUUGCCGUCGAACACACCGGCUCUACCUGACCUCCCCGCUCAUGAUCAGAGUAAAAUCAUGACUGCCGAUUCGCUUAGUGAUCAGGAUAAUCAAAUCCUUCCAUCACGGCGCUUCAUCCUUUCUCGGUCCCUUUCUCUAUUCAUGCGGUCGCUGGCUGGCCAGGACAAGCUAGGAAAAAUUCCCAAAGUCAUAACCGAGGUUGAGGCAGCCGGCUUUGAAAUGUCAACCUUCAAUCAGUCUACUCUGGUGCAGCUGCUUGCACUCUCCAAGAAAUUUGAUUACAUCGCCGAUGCUUUCCGGGUGUUUGAGACCCUCUUCAUGCCCAACUGGCCUGGGUGGAACCAACUUGUCCGAAGCAAAUCGCUCAAACCCAUCGGGACUCCAGAGGGCGUCGACUUGUUCCGGAGGAAACGUGAGCCCUCGCAAACCGAGCACUUCCCUAACAAGGAAGCGACGAAGUACUGGAAAAACAUAUCCCCUGGUUUCAUGCAGCCCACAUAUGUUACCAUUGUUCACCUCGCUUCUGGCUUAGAACAUGUCAGGGGCGCAACCAUUAUGAAGGGCAGCCACGAACUCGCAGAACUGUAUAAGAUAGCACCGAUGACGCUUGGGGCGAUCGCCAAAAUGCCCUAUAAGCGUGAGAGGUGGCAAGGUGUUCUUCUUCGGCAGCGUGCACGCCAAGCAGAUUUAGAGAAGUCGCCCGUUGGUUUUGGCUAUGCGCCUGGUGGAGUCUUGGGGGUUGGGAGUCGUGCUCUGCGUGCAAAUUUUGCCAGCCGUGACAAGGUGCAAGAUGUUGAGUUAGCCGAAUGGGUCGACAAAAUUGAUUCGAAUCACAAUGGACGGAAGGCUACGAGCAAGGUCAAAGCAACGGCACGCGAAUCCAUGCAACAAGUAGACGAGCCCAAGCAGACACUGAACGAGCCCAAGCCAACGCCAGAUGAACCCACGCAAACCCCAGAUCCUGCCAACACAUUUUCCAGGGGCCCAGCCCUUGCCAAUACAGGAUGGGAAAACAUUCUCUCCCCGGCAGAUCUACAGGAUAUGCAAGUUCAAGCGCGCAGGAAUAUUUCUACGGAACGCAAGCGCCCCAGAUAUCUGAGAACAAGCAUUUCUAAACCACUGAACCCAGCGGAUCCGCAGGAUCCACCGGCUGGCUCUACGAAGGUCAAGCGCCGCAGAUCUCCGGCGACAGGCAAAAGCAAACAUCCGCAAGAUCCACCGAAAAAAGUGGACAACACUGACUCUACGGACGUCAAUCCCCCAAAUCUCCGUCAGCAAGCAUAA